AUGCCAAUGAAAUCGGAGGCCAAGAUUGGGACCAGUUACAACGAGACGCUAGGCCUGGUAAUGAUUAGGGAAGUCCAGCUGCCAGACUCUUCAAUCUUGCGGGCAUACGCAGCUGACCAGCCUAUGAAGAUUGAGUGCGUAUUCAAAGUAAAGAUAGAGGUGGUGGGAGCUAGUAAACCUCCUAUUCUUGCAGAAUUCUUGGUAGUCCCACGAGGUCGUCGAUCCCUGCUUGGUCGAGGAACAGCUAGUGACAUGGGACUUUUAAAAGUCGGGUUAUUGAUCAAUAGCUUUACGAGAACCGAGGAUCUCGCCGUUUUCCCAAAAAUGCCUGGCGUAAGGAUUAGAUUCAGCACCGAUGAAACCGUCCAACCCGAGAAAAAUGCCUAUUAUAAUGUACCCGCCGCAUACAGGGAAGGAGCAAAGCAAAGACUGCAAGAAAUGGAGAAAAGAGGCAUUAUAGAAAAGGUUACCUCCGCACCUGAAUGGAUAAGCGGCAUGUCUGCAGUUUCUAAGGGAAAAGAUGAUUUUCGCCUCGUUGUAAACAUGCGCGCUCCUAAUAAAGCCAUAAAGCGAGAAUACUAUCGGUUACCUCUAAUCCAAGAGAUGAAAACCAAACUCCACGGAGCGAAAUACUUUUCGAAGCUAGACCUAACAAGCGCGUUCUACCAUUUGGAAUUAGCCAAAGAAUCUAGAAAUCUAACCACUUUUCUUACAGAAAAUGGCAUGUUUCGCUUUACAAGGCUAAUGUUCGGGGUCAAUUGCGCCCCUGAAAUUUUUCAAAGAGAAAUGAGCCGAAUCCUAAAAGACAUAGACAACGUCAUCGUCUACAUAGACGAUAUCCUGAUUUUCGGAAAAACUAUCGACGAACUACGGAAAACUGUGGCUAAAGUACUACAGGUUUUGAGAGCCAAUAAUCUAACCCUGAAUAUUGAAAAGUGUGAAUUCGAUAAGGACCACAUAAAGUUCUUGGGCCAUGAGCUCGAUCAGCGUGGAUUCCAUAUUGACGAAGCUAAGGUUAAACACAUCCAGAAAUUCCGUAAACCUACAACUUCUUGCGAGCUUCGAAGUUUUUUAGGAUUAGCCUCCUUCGUCAGUCCAUAUAUUAGCAACUUCGCAGACGUAACGAGUCCACUAGCUCUAUCUCGAGCUGACGGUUGGGCUCUGAGGCUCAGCCCAUACAGCUACACGGUAGAGUAUGUAGAAGGUAAAUUCAAUAUAGCUGAUCCCUCAUCUCGACUCUACGCUGGCAAAGACGAAGCAUUCGACGAAGCGGAAAGCCCCUGGGAGAUUGCAAAAAUAGAAGCUAAUAAAGCUGGGUUCUUGACUGAAGAACAUAUAAAACAGGCGACUUCAGAGAACGCUCCACUAUUCCAAGUUAUGACAGCACUAGAAUCUAGAGAUUGGCCCACGCAGUUGCGUCGAUUCGAGAUGGUCGCAGCUCAACUUUACGUAAAGAAUGGUAUCCUCGUCAAACGAGGGUGUGCUGUAAUUCCAAAAGCACUGCAACGGGAAACCUUGGAAAUAGCUCAAAAGGGCCACCCGAUGUCAGCGAAACUUAAGAGCAUCCUUCGAGAACGGGUUUGGUGGCCAGGAUUACCCAAGGAUGCAGAAGACUGGGUAAAAUCCUGCGAGGUUUGCGCUACGAAUGGAAGACCAGAGAGCGUCCCACCAAUGGAACGCAUUAUGGCUCCCAGAACAAUCUGA